AUGCCAUGUUCUUCUGCAGUGAUAAUUCUUGCAGCUCAACUGUUGCACUCGGUUUCAGAAUGUUGCAACAAAGUUCACCAGCAGCUCUUCCACUACCAGUGCCAGUUUCUUCAAGAAAAUAGAACACACCCAAAGCUGAGUGUUUUGUUCAAUGAAGUCAUCAAAUGUUCCAUAGAACUUCCCGGAUCUCAGAUUCUGAUCCUGGUAGAGACAGGUCUCAAGAGUCUGGUCAGUGCUGUAGAUGGUGUUCUCUCUCAGAUCCCUCAGCUGACUGUUAGCAUCCUGAAAGACGGGAAGUGUGAUAAACCCAGCACAGCAUUGAUUGCAAGUGUGGCUGAUGCUAGACAUGAGAUGCUGCAGCUGUUCAGACUUGUUAUCCUUUAUGAUGAAAGACAGAAUGCCCACAUCAAGUCGUGGUGUCAGCUUGCAGGGAUCUCAUAUAUUGGACUGCUGGCACAGUACUCAGGUGGUACAGAUCUCACAGCAUAUUAA